UCGUUAACCCGCGUCUCCUCGGCUGGAGGCUGUCGGGCUUCGUUAAGAGGGAGGGGGUGGGGGGGGUUAUUCUGUGCCAUUAGAGGGAGUGACGGGCCCCGGCGCCGCGCCGGUCUUGUCUCACUGACCGACUGAUAACUCGAGGCCCAGUGGCGCAGACACAGGAGGGCUCUCGUGUCAACACAUUGCUCAACACCUUUAACCCAAUGACAGACUAUUUAUUCCCCUCCUCUCCUUUUAAACGGUCUUCAAACGCGCCUCAAAAAUCGAGCUGCGUAAGCGACCCCCACACCCCCCACACCUCCCUCUUUCCCGGACAUAUUACUCUUCUUUACAGUAAGUCCCCAGGUUUGGGGGAUCAUCUCGACAGGAAAAAAAAACCCUAUAUGUGUGUGUGUGUGUGUGUGGGAGACUCGUUGGCCUAUUAGUCCAUCGCCUUCCCCAGCCCAUAGCGUAAGGAUUUUAUUCAUUACUGUACACUUACAUGUCUGAAAGCCAAAGUUCUGCACACAAUAUACGAUGAUAGUUCAAGCGCAGUCCUUCAGAGCUUCAUCGAUUACCAGGUAACCAACCGAUAAUUCCCGACCCGGCCCGGGUCCUGCUGUUUGCACGCAGACCACUUCCUCCUCCGGCCCAGCCAUGUUACAGGCACACGAACCGUUCUGAACCUUAAAAUAUUUAACCAUUUUAAUCUGUACCUUUAUUUAUAAUCUCCCCGUAGCCUCCCAUUCCCAGACAGAUAUCAAUCUAAUCCCUUUUUUUCUGAAGCAGUUAAUCAUUCAAAAGCAUCAGCAACAUACACCUGUAUUGAAGGGGGAAAUAAAAUCUUCCAAUCCCGAGCCUGGCACCUUAUUAAUUUUACAUAUCCUCUCGUUCUGUACUCACAGUGUGCAAAUAACCUGCAAAAUCCACACCAUCCAAGGGUUUCAAGAAAUAAAAUGUGAUAUUACACUAUUACUAGUUAAGAUAAUGUUUUACUGUCAUAAGUAUUUCACAAUGUUAAGAUUAUAUUUGCAUUUGCCUGCAUUGUUUCUUUGCAUUUAUUUAGUUCAGUUUAAUUUUUAUUUAAAAAAAAAAUCUGUUUACUUUUUCUCUGCCUUUUUGCUCCCACCAUGGCUGGAAACAGGAUUUAAAGGACAAUAUUGCAGCUCUCCAAUAAUAAUAUUUGAUAUGUUGCCUAUAAUGUCAAAACGUCUUGAAGCACUUUACAGGAAGCGAAGACGGAGCUGUGAUGAUGAAGGUAACCAGCCUGUCCCACCGCCAAAACGUCUCAGCAACAAUAGCUUGUUCCAGGAGCUUCCUAGAGAUACCUGGGACUCGGAGUCCUCAAGCAGCGACAGCAGCAGUAUCAGCAGUCCUGACAGACAAAAUGGACAUUUACCAGCUGAAAACAAUUCAAACCAGAACAGGGCAAGCGAUAGCUCAGCUCUGCUUCAGUUUUCAGAUUCCAGUGAACAUCCUGCACAAGGCCCGUACUUCCACAUCAAUCAGGUUCUGAGAGCGGCACACUUCUAUAGCUUACACCAGCGUGGACACCAGACGUGACCAGAACACGGGACUGUGUGCCUUCAAUGGGCGACUGUGUAAAUGUAAUCUUUUGCAUUGGAUGUUUGUAUUUAGAGGAUUUUAAAUUGCACAACUUUGCCCCUUUUGCUCCAUUUGGUUUAAAGAUUUACCAUUCUCUUCACUCCAUGAAUGCCCUUGAUAAGAAUAUGAUCACUGUGAAGUCUGUCUCACAACUGUAGCUCUAAUUGCUUGAUUUAGGCUCUGUGCUGAAUCCUGCACUAUUCUAAUCUAACUAUUCCCAGUGAAAUGGGUGAACGGAGCAGAUGGAUUCUCCAGCAAUGCUUCGGAGAUUGGUGUUGAAUGUGGAUAGUAAUGAAGAAACAAUUUUUUUACCUCGAUGGGAUCAGAUUGGUUUAUGAAACUUUGGGCGUAGAGGUUUGGGUGAGUUUUGGAAAAAGAACCUGAUUCUAGAUGAGAACCGGAUUAGAGACAUUUAUGAUACUUUUAAACUAUAUUAAACUGACUAUAGUUACUAUGUGACCAGGUUUUCUUUAAGCCCCAUUCCUAUAAUAGCUGCAAACUCACAUUUUGCUUAUUGUGAAUUUGUAACUAGUAUAGAGUCGGUCUGUAAUGGUGGAGAUUGCCAUGGAGAUUCACCUAAAAUAUAUGAUUUGGAAUCUGUUUUGACCAAGAUCAAAUAUAGAAUUUAGAAUGGGUAAUUUUAAUCAUUGAGUUUACUUUCCCUUGUGAAUUCCAUACAGAUUGCCCUGGCAGAGAACAAAUCAAUUUUAAGACGAUAGAAGUUAACAAACACGUUCCAAAUGCAAAUGCAUCUUAAAACAUUACACUUUAAAAUUGUAAAAUCACAAACAGUUGCCCAAAAGGUACACAUCUACUGUCGUGAAUAAAUGUAAUUAGUUGUUAUACUUAAAUAGCAAUUACAUUCUGGCCUGGGAUAUGUGCAGAGAUUGGGACAAGAACACCAGUUACAAGCACAUCCUGUCAAAAGCGACAGGUAGCCCAGAACAGGGCAGAAUUUGUCAUUCUUAAAAGUACACUGAAAUCUGAGAUGCUUCCUUAAUUUAUUUGUAAGCCUAAAGUAUGCUUAACAUUCAGAAAGUGAGCACAAACACUUAACUGUUUGUACUCAUACGUACAAGAUUAUUCAAAUAUAGUGUAAGAGUAUGGUGAUAUGGAAAUGCAACAUAAAUUACAGCCAUCAUUAAAUCUGUGAAUUCAGAUACCUAAUUAUUAAAGUAAAUUAAGAAGUGCUUAUGAGGAAAGGUAGUCAUUUUAGCUCAAGGUUUAAAUGUUAUUGUUUGACUUAAGACUUUUUAUCCCACUGCACUGAAGAUUGAUUGCAAGAGCAUGCUGUUCAUAAUUUUAUACCACAUAGUUUGUUCUGUUCGCUUUCCCUCCCUGCCCAACGAGGAACCAUUUUCUGACUUCACUAAACUGUGCGUCACCUACUUGUGACCCAUGAUUUACCGAAAAAUAAAUCUACUUGUUCAUCUUGUUGGGCUUAUGGGUUCUGCAGUCCAAUUUGCACUCUGUUUAUUUUUCAAUAAAUCACUUGCUUUGUUUUAAGUCUUUGUAACAGCUGAACUUUCUAUUUACACUGCACUUUAUCCCCAAAACACUGCAUACAUUUGAAGAUUAAAAAAAGUUGCUUCUUU